ACGUCUCCACACAACACACCAUCACACACAACACACAAUGCACCUUCCCUUCUCUUCUUCCUAGUCCCACCACCCCACCUCCUUUUCUAUGCGCACUUCUCACCCUCAUCACCAUCAUCUUUACCCCCUUUCCAAAAUUGCUUCUCUCGUCAAUUCAUUCCACCUUUCUAGCCGCCACCAAAAACAACAUCACUUUACAUCACAUUUAACUACUUAACUUUCAAAAAAAAUCACUUUUUCUUCAAAAAAAUCACUUUUUCUUCUUUCACCAUUAGUCUCCAACCCAAGUGAAAAAGCUCAUUUCUUUUCAAGAAUCCGUGGCUAUCCCUCAUCCAAUACCUCAUUUUUCUCCCAAUAAUUGAAGAUUGAGUCACACCCCAUAAAACUUCAAACUUCACAGUUGAGCAAGAACAAGAACAAGAACCAGAAGAACAAAGCUUGAUGCCAAUUCUGGAAUCUGGGUAUUGUCCAAGUUCAAAUUUUUCGAAAUGGGUUGCAUUUAUUCAAGGGUAUGCAUUGGUGACACUUGCAGAGGCUCAAGCGUCAAUGGUGACCCAGUUGUGAGAACUGCCAUAGGUGAAGCUGCUGAGUUCUCAGAAGCUUCUUCUGAUGUUCAGGAAGGUGAAAUCAGAGACCAGUUGAACCAAUUGAGCUUGACCAGAGACCCUGAAGCUGGAAUCAGAAGGCUUGCUAGGGUUUCAGCUCAGUUUCUUCCCCCUGAUGGUUCAAGAGUAGUGAAGGUUCCUUCAAACAACUUUGAAUUGCGUUACUCUUUCUUGUCUCAGCGUGGUUACUACCCUGAUGCCCUUGAUAAGGCUAACCAGGACAGUUUCUGCAUUCAUACCCCAUUUGGGACUAACCCUGAGGACAAUUUCUUUGGUGUUUUUGAUGGGCAUGGUGAAUUCGGAGCGUUGUGUUCGCAGUUUGUGAAGCAGAAGGUGUGUGAGAAUUUGCUGAGGAAUUCUAAGCUUCAUGUUGAUGCUGUGGAGGCUUGUCAUGCUGCUUUCUUGACCACGAAUUCGCAGCUUCAUGCUGAUGUUUUGGAUGAUAGUAUGAGUGGUACUACGGCGAUCACGGUGUUGGUGAGGGGGAAGACGAUGUAUGUUGCGAAUUGCGGGGAUUCGAGGGCUGUGAUUGCUGAGAGGAGAGGGAAGGAUAUUGUGGCGGUUGAUUUGUCUGUUGAUCAGACUCCUUUUAGGAAUGAUGAGCUUGAGAGGGUGAAGCUUUGUGGAGCUAGAGUGCUUACAUUGGAUCAGAUUGAAGGGCUGAAGGACCCUGAUGUUCAGUGUUGGGGGACUGAAGAGGAUGAUGAUGGUGAUCCUCCUAGGUUGUGGGUGCCUAAUGGAAUGUACCCGGGUACCGCUUUUACAAGGAGCAUAGGGGAUUCUAUUGCUGAGACUAUUGGGGUUGUUGCUAACCCUGAGAUUGUUGUCUUUGAGCUCACACAGAACCACCCUUUUUUUGUGCUUGCCAGUGAUGGGGUGUUUGAGUUUCUCUCUAGCCAGACAGUGGUUGAAAUGGUUGCAAAGUUCAAAGAUCCCCGUGAUGCUUGUGCUGCAAUAGUGGCAGAAUCUUAUCGACUUUGGCUACAGUAUGAAACUCGUACAGAUGAUAUUACAGUCAUCAUUGUGCACGUAAAUGGGCUGACUGAACCUGCUGUUGGUCAGUCAGCAAGUUAUGGUAAUGUUUUCGCAACCACCAUGCCUCAAGUUGUAGAGGUGACAGGAUCUGAAUCCCCUUCCACCUUUGGCUGGAAUGCUAGGAACCCUCGUGUAAGGCAUGACUUGUCAAGGGCACGCAUCAGAGCAAUUGAAAGUUCCCUAGAGAAUGGACAAACAUGGAUUCCUCCAUCUUCAGCCCACCGAAAGACAUGGGAGGAAGAAGCACACAUAGAACAGGCAUUGCAUGAUCAUUUUCUCUUCCGGAAGCUUACUGAUUCUCAGUGUCAUGUUUUAUUGGAUUGCAUGCAAAGAGUUGAGGUACAACCUGGGGAUAUUAUUGUCAAACAGGGUGGUGAAGGUGACUGUUUUUAUGUUGUUGGCAGUGGAGAAUUUGACGUCUUGGCAACUCAGGAGGAAAAGGAUGGUGAGGUACCUAGGGUUUUGCAGCGCUACACAGCUGAAAAACUAUCAUGCUUUGGAGAACUUGCUUUAAUGUAUAAUAAACCACUCCAGGCUUCUGUACGUGCUGUAACAGAAGGAACUCUUUGGGCUUUAAAGCGAGAAGAUUUUCGAGGGAUUUUAAUGUCAGAAUUCUCUAACUUAUCUUCGUUAAAGUUGCUUCGGUCUGUAGAUCUCCUCUCAAGGUUGUCAAUUUUGCAACUGAGUCAGAUUUCGGACUCCCUCUCUGAAGUUCCUUUCUCAAGUGGGCAAACAAUAAUUGAUAAAAAUGAAGUCCUUGCAUUAUACAUUAUCCAGAAGGGACAAGUGAAAAUCACUUUUGAUUCUGAUUUAUUGACAAGUCCAAAUGCGUCCAGCCUCAAGCCUGACAUCCAAAAUGAGGAUGGUGAUGUACAGAGCAUUGGAGAACUGUCAAUAGAGAAGCCAGAGGGAAGCUAUUUUGGCGAAUGGGCACUUCUUGGUGAAAAUAUUGGCUCCUUGACUGCUGUUGCGGUGGGUGAUGUUGUAUGUGCUUUACUAACAAAGGACAAAUUUGAAUCAAUUGUUGGCUCCGUGCAAAAGAUUUCUCAGGAAGAUCUCAAGUUGAGGGAUGAUUUCGAGUUGACUAGAAAAAUUGAAUUUUCAUCCCUUGAGAAUGCCCAGCUCUCAGAUUUGGAGUGGAGAAAGACCCUAUAUUCAACUGAUUGCUCUGAGAUUGGGCUUGCAAGUUUAAGAGACUCAGAUAAUUUGCUUACCAUGAAGAGGUUUUCUAAGCCAAAGGUGGAAAGGCUAGGAAAGGAAUCACAAGUUUUGAAAGAGAAAGAUUUGAUCAUGGGCAUGAGCUCUUCAGUCUGUGUACCACAGGUUUUAUGCACUUUUGCUGACCGCAUAUAUGCUGGAAUAGUGCUAAAUACACACCUCGCUUGCCCUUUGUCUUCCAUACUCUCAAGUCCUUUUAGUGAAUCAGCAGCACAGUUUUGUGCUGCUUCUGUUGUUACUGCCUUAGAAGACUUGCACAAGAAAGGUGUUCUCUACAGAGGUGUGUCACCUGAUGUUUUGAUGUUGGAGCAAACAGGACAGAUACAGCUGGUGGACUUCAGAUUUGGAAAGAAGCUUUCUGAUGAGAGAACAUUCACAGUUUGUGGAAUGGCAGAUUCGCUAGCUCCUGAGAUUGUUUUGGGAAAAGGACACGGUUUCCCUGCUGACUGGUGGGCGUUGGGAGUUUUAAUAUAUUUUAUGUUACGGGGUGAGAUGCCAUUCGGAUCAUGGAGAGAAAACGAACUUGAUACAGUUGCCAAAAUUGCAAAAAGGAAGCUACAUCUUCCAGAGACUUUUAGUCCUGAAGCUGUGGAUCUCAUCUCCAAGUUACUUGAAGUAGAUGAAAGCAACAGACUUGGUAGCCAAGGUCCUGAUUCUGUCAAGAGUCACCCAUGGUUUAAUGGUAUUGAAUGGGAAGGGAUUAGACACCACACUUUUCCUGUUCCGCAAGAAAUUGUUUCUCGUAUAGCGCAGUACUUGGAAGUUCGUUCUGACGACUGUACUGGUUCUCUGGGGCCCCCAUUGCAGGAGGUAGAGGUAGAAGAACUUAAUGUGCCUGAAUGGCUUGAGGACUGGUAGAAGAAUGAAAGUUCUAGUUUGUCAAAUUUUUGAAGUUUGGCUCUACACCAAUAUUUACCUUUGCUUUUAUGGACAAAUUGCAAUCCAAGAAUGCAAUUGACCAGAGAAUGCAAAGAGAGCAAUAGAUCCUGAACAUUCCCCUUUGUUCAAUCUUUUAGGUGUUCAAAGGUAGAUGUAAAUGUUCUUUAUCCCUUCACAUUUUUUAUUUACUAAUUUUGAUUGGUAAUUACACUCCUCUGUAAAUAUUAUAUAGAGGUACAUGAUUGAAUUUGUCUUAAUUUUCAAUUGAAAUUCAACCAAUUUAAGUAUCUAACAAAUUGUUAA